AUGGCUUCUUCAGGUACCAAGCGACCCUAUCAUCCCGACGACUCCCAUCCAUCUGGACGAAGCGAUCGGAAUCGAGAUUCAGAUCGAGAGCGGGAUCGACAUGAUGAUAGACGUUCGAAACCCCGAGACUGGAGAGACGCCUUUCUGGAUGAAGAUGAACCUAAAAGAAGGCGAAGUAGAUCUAGAGAAAGGGAAAGAGAAAGAGAAAAAGAUCAUAACAGAAGAAGAGAUGAACAUCAACAUCGUGAUCGAAGGUACAGUAGAGAAUACGAUGAUAGAGAUAAAAGAAGAGGAGGUGGUUUAGAUUAUAGAGAAAAGGAUUACCGUGAACGUGAGCCCGUAAAGGGAGAUUAUCAUAAACGUCAUAGUGACCGAAAUGAUCAUAGUAGUCGAAUUGAUUCCAAAAAAUCUAAAUCACACGAUGGUGAUAGGGAGGAAGGCGAGCUUGAACCAUCUCCUCCUAAACCACCCGUCACUCUUCCUGUAGCUUCAUCUUCUCGACCAUCUGUUCCAAUCAGUCUCAGUCCAGCGAAAGGACCUUCGCGACCACCUCCAGCCGGACCCAAGUCAAGCUUCGCACCUCUUUCGAUUCCUUCUCAACCGCGAGGUUCAACUCCUUCUCGACCGCCUCCACCGUCUAAUAGAUUCUUCGAAGGUGAAUCCUCCUCCUCCUCUCGACGAGCUGAAGUGGAAGAUGUGAAACCUCAAGCAGAGGAAGAACCAAUCAGUAUUCUCGAAGAAGAGGUUGAUACCGAGAAAAUUCUGGAAGAAAGAAGGAAAAAAAGAGAAGAGAUCAUGGCUAAAUUUCGUGCCAACGGUGGCAAAGCUCCUGUUCUCACCACGCCCAAACUCGCUCAAGGAGAAUUACCAGGUCCUGGAACAGGUGCAGAAAGUGUUACCAGUGCUGGAACGAGAACGGGAUAUCAGACUGGGCUGUCAGCGACUGGUGCUACUCCUUUGCUAAAGCAACUAGGAACUCAGUCUAUUACUGGCUUACUACCUAAUACAUCCGCGCCUACUCCCAUCGGACACUCACCAUCGCUCGCUUCCACACCAUUGGGUCACGAUUUUGACCUUACCAAAAAUGCUGAUACCGUUGGAGAAGCUGAACUUCCUGCUGAAACUCGAGGGGAAGGUGUUGGAGCGGAUAUGAUGAUAUCUGCAGCAGAUUAUGACCCAACGAAUGACACAAUGGCAGAUCAAGAGAAGCGAAGAAAAGAUAUGGAAGCAAUGCAAAUCAAACCAUCAGAUGUCGCAUCCGGAGUAGGAGAACCCACAACCAUAGAAGUGAAAGAAGAAGAAGAUGAAUACGAAGAAGUUGAAAUUGAGGAGGAAGAAGAAGAUGAUGAAUUUGAUAUGUUCGCUGCGUUUGGUGAUGAACCUAAAGAAAAGAAGAAACGUAAGGUUACCAUACGUAGACUGAAAAAUGGUACACAACAAAACGGUUCUAAACCGGAAUAUAUCAAGAAACCAGCUAGUACAAUAGCAGCUGAAGUGGUAGAUAAUAUGGAUGAUACCGAAGGUUAUUAUAGGAUCACCCCAGGAGAAAUAAUGGAUGAUGGAAGGUAUCAAGUCACUAUAAGUUUGGGGAAAGGAAUGUUCUCAGGCGUAGUGAAGGCAAAAGUGUUGAAGGCUGUCAACCAAGAAAGGAGACAAGAUGUAGUUGGAAAAGAAGUGGCUAUUAAAGUCAUAAGGAGUCAAGAAAGCAUGUAUGUUUCAGGACGAAAAGAAGCUCAAAUACUUAAAAAGCUUAAUGAAGCUGAUCCAGAAGACAAGAAGCAUAUUGUGAGAAUGGAAAGGACGUUUGAACACAAAGGCCAUCUUUGUAUUGUCACUGAAUCUCUUAGUAUGAAUCUUCGAGAUGUCAUCAAGCGAUUUGGCAAGGACGUCGGUCUCAACAUGCGUGCUGUCCGAGCAUAUGCUCAUCAACUGUUUCUCGCUCUGAGCUUGAUGAAAAAGUGUGGAGUUGUCCAUGCUGAUGUCAAGCCUGACAACGUUUUGGUGUCCGAAAACAAGGCUACUUUGAAAGUCUGUGAUCUUGGUUCAGCCGCGGAGAUCACUGAGGGUGAAAUUACACCUUAUCUCGUAUCGAGAUUUUAUCGGGCACCCGAAAUCAUCUUGGGUUUACCGUAUGACACGGCGAUUGACAUGUGGUCUAUCGGGUGUACUUUAUACGAGCUCUACACCGGCAAGAUUCUCUUCCCUGGUAGAUCGAACAACCAUAUGUUGUUACUCCAGAUGGAAUUGAAGGGCAAACUUAAUCAUAGGAUGAUCAAGAAAGCUACGUUCAUGAAUCAACAUUUCGAUGAAUCGUUGAAUUUCGUUUCGAUUGAAACAGAUAAAAUCACGGGUCAGGGUGUUGCUAAAACCUUGAUGAUCUCAAAAGCGUCAAAGGACCUUCGAGCGAGAUUAUUGCCUCCUCAUUCGGUCCAACUGAAAAUGAAAGACGAAGAACUGAAACAACUCUUAAAUCUCGUUGAUCUACUGGAGAAAUGUCUUCAUCUUGAUCCAGCAAGGAGAAUAACACCAAGAGAUGCUUUGGUUCAUCCUUUCUUGACUGGGCCAUAG